AUGGACGGUCUUUCAUCUGCGGCCAGCGUCAUCGCGGUCAUCCAACUCACGGGAAGUAUUGUGAAGAUUUGUGGAAGCUAUCUACAGGAGGCGAAAGAUGCACGAGAUCAAAUAUUCGCCUUGCAGCGAACAGUUGCAGGUCUUGAAAGCAUUCUCCAGAAGCUGAACGAACUUCUCCAAGGACCUUGUGACGCAAAGCUGGGCACUUCCUCCUCGCUAGUCAACGAUAUUAGCGAUUGUUUGUCGCUCCUUGAAGGCUUGAGAGAGAAGAUUAAUCCAAUAAGAGGUGGGAGAAUGAUGAAAAGACUCGGUAUACGAGCUUUAAAAUGGCCCCUCAAACACACAGAGGUGGACAAAGCCAUUCAUGAUCUAGAGAGAUACAAAUCAUCUUUCAUUUUAUCUCUGCAGGUUGACCAGACUUCCCUUUUAAGCGGAUUGGCCCAGGGGGUAGACCGUCUUGACCGUAAUCUGUGGCUCAACAAACUGCCGAUCGCGCGCGGGGCCGAGUUCAGCUCAUAUAUCGAUCAACAUGAGGAUGAAUGCCUCCCAGGCACAAGAACUGAGCUUCUCUGCCAGAUCCAAAAAUGGGCGGUGGUACCCCAAGGAAAAUGCAUAUUUUGGCUGAAUGGUAUGGCGGGGACAGGGAAAUCAACGAUUUCCCGAACAACGGCAAAGUCCUUCAAAGAGGCGAAGCUCCUAGGUGCAAGUUUCUUUUUCAAGAGAGGAGAAGGAGAUCGUGGAAAUGCCAUGAAGCUCUUUUCGACGAUCACAAGACAGCUAGUGCUAAGUCUUCCUCAUUUAAUUCCAUUUGUCCAGAAAGCACUUGAUGACGACCCCGAUGUUGUGGGUAAAUCGCUAAAAGAGCAGUUUGAGAAGUUACUCCUUCAACCACUGCUAAGCUUAAAAUCAAGCUAUCUUCCAACGUCUACCUUGGUGAUAGUGAUUGACGCAUUGGACGAAUGUGAACGGGAUGAGGACAUCCGAAUCAUUCUUCAGUUGCUACCACAACUAGGAGUACUUAAUACUAUACGUCUACGAAUAUUUUUGACAAGCAGGCCUGAAUGGCCGAUCCUCCGAGAAUUCUCAAGAGCCACAAGCGACGGGCAAAACAUUUGUGUUCUCCAUGAGAUCGAUAAAUCGGCGAUAGAGCAUGACAUAUCCUUGUUCUUAAGGCACCGACUUUCAGUGAUAAGGGCGGACCGGUCACUACCUGCUGGGUGGCCUGGAGCUGAUAAUAUUCGAUAUCUUGUGAAUUUAUCAAGCCCGUUAUUCAUUUUUGCCGCCACCACGUGCCGUAUGCUCGAGGACCCUCAGUGGGACCCAACUGACAGUCUCACUGAGAUAUUUGCACAUCGAAACGAUGCUUCACAAUUCGACGGGACGUACCUUCCAGUGUUGAAUCGACUUCUUAAAGGACAGAGCAAAAACCAGGAAAGGAAAUUGAUUCAGGACUAUCAGGAACUUCUUGGUGCUAUUGUGGUGCUUGAGAGUCCACUCUCGGCAGUCUCACUUUCUCAACUCCUCGGCGUUGCCGAAGGGCAAACUGAACGCAGGUUGAGUUCACUGCGCUCAGUUCUAAAUAUACCCGAGGAUCCCGCAAAGCCAGUACGCCUGUUUCACUUAUCAUUUCGAGACUUCCUCCUUGAUCAGGAAACACGAUGCAGAACCAUAUUCUGGGUUGAUGAGAAGGAGACGCAUCAGAGAUUAUUCAUGAGAUGCCUUUACGUAUGUGGCUCUCUGAGAAAGAACAUUUGUGGGAUAAAGUACAACACAAAACGUUCAGAGAUUGGUCGCCAGAUUAUCAAUCACUAUAUCUCUCCAGAGUUGCAAUAUUCAUGUCGUUAUUGGGCACAUCACCUAACAGAAAGCAAAGUAACUAUUGCUGAAAUGAAUGAAGCGUUGUUAUUCCUUGAGAAGCAUUUCCUUCACUGGGUAGAAGCAAUGAGCCUUCUUGAACUUGUUUCUGAAGUUGUUGGAAUCAUCAAUCUACUGCAAUCAGCUUUGCAAGUAAGUGUUGCCAAGUAUUUCGUUGUCCUUGUGCUAAUUGACGGCAAGAAUGGACACAAGAAUUUAUUGGAAUUUUUGUAUGAUGCAAAGAGGUUUAUCCUUAAGACUCGACGGAUAGCUGACGACGCUCCCCUUCAAAUUUACUGCGCAGGUCUAGUAUUUGCACCAAAGAUGACAACAAUUCGGAAAAAAUUUGAAGCCGAACAACCGCUGUGGAUAUGUAUGACAUCAGAAGCCCAAAAAACAUGGAGUCCAGAGUUACAGACUCUCCAGGGUCGUUCUCAUCCAGUUGCUUCGGUGAAUUUCUCGCAUGAUGGCAAACUACUAGCGUCUGGCUCCGAUGACCAGAUUAUCCAGCUCUGGAAUCCAACUACGGGUUCCAUGCUGCUGUCUCUCGAGGGCCAUGUAGGCCCGGUAAACUCAGUCGUCUUCUCAAAUGACGGCCGCUUACUAGCCUCUGGCUCCGAUGAUCAGACUGUCCGACUCUGGGAUCCGGCCGCGGGCGCCCUACAGCAUAAGCUCAAUGGCCAUCUAGACCGAGUGAGCUCAGUGGCUUUCUCACACGAUAGCAGCCUACUGGCGUCUGGCUCUGAUGAUCAGACUGUCCGACUCUGGGAUUCGACCACGGGAGUUUUACAGCAGAUUCUCACGGGUCAUACUGACCGAGUUCGCUCGGUGGCUUUCUCACACGAUGGCAGCCUACUAGCGUCUGGCUCCGAUGAUCAGACUGUCCGCCUCUGGGAUUUGGCCACGGGGGUUGUACAGCAGAUUCUCACGGGUCAUACAGACCGAGUUCUCUCGGUAGCUUUCUCGCACGACGGCUGCUUACUAGCGUCGGGCUCUGAUGACCACACAGCUCGACUAUGGGAUUUGGCAAUGGGUGCUCUUGAGCGGACUCUUGAGGGUCAUUCGCGUGCAGUCGCUUCUGUGGCCUUUUCAUGCGAUGGCCUGCUGGCGUCCGGCUCCUAUGAUCGGACUGUCAGGCUCUGGGACCCGUCCACCGGUGCUCUACGGCAGGCUUUUGAAGGCCAUUCCCGAGCAGUUCGCUCUGUGGAUUUCUCGCCCGAUGGCCGCCUAAUCGCGUCCGGCUCCUAUGAUUACAGCGUCCGCAUCUGGGAUCUAGCUACAGGCUCUCUACAGCAGACUACUCAGGGCCGCUCAAGCUUAGUUUUCUCAAUGGCAUUCUCAGAUGAUGGACGCUUCCUAGCGUCUGGCUCUGAUAAGGGGCCAAUUCGGCUCUUAGAUCCGACUACGGCCGCUCUACAGCAGACCUUACAGGGUCACUCAGGCGCCGUUCGCUCAGUUACCUUCUCAAACGAUGGCCGCCUGCUAGCAUCUGGAUCCGAUGAUCAGACUGUUCGACUUUGGGAUAUGGCCUCGGGCGCUCCACUGCAGACGCUAGAAGGUCAUUCAAACUGGAUUCGUUCAGUUGCCUUUUCGCACGAUGGCCACCUUCUAGCGUCUGGAUCCGAUGAUCAGACUAUUCGACUUUGGGACUUGGCAACGGGCACUCUAAAGCAUACUCUCGAAGGCCAUUCAGACUUGGUUUUCUCAGUGGCUUUCUCGUGUGAUGGUCGCUUUCUAGCAUCUGGCUCUUUUGAUAGAACCGUUCGGCUUUGGGAUCCAGCUACAGGCGCUCUGCAGCAGACUCUCGAGGGCCAUUCAGACGGCGUUCGCUCCGUCGCUUUUUCACAUGAUAACCGGAUACUAGCCUCUGGAUCCUUUGAUCUGACUGUCCGCUUGUGGAAUCCGCUCACGGGCGCCUUGCAGAAAGUACUGGAGUCCAAGAGAAUAAUAACUGAUCUGAAGUUUUCUGAAGACGGUUCGUAUCUCGAGACUGACCUGGGAUACCUCAAGAUCCAGCCCCAGUCAGACACGACAGGCCCAGAUGAACAUGAUGACAAUAUGUUCUUUAUUGAAGGCCAGUGGGUAAACUUCGCAGGUGAAUACGCACUUUGGCUUCCUCCUGAAUACCGGCCCGAUUCCUCAACAGUGAAAGGCAAUAGGCUUGCCUGGGGUCACGCACCAGGAAGGGUAUCCAUCAUCGAGUUCUUUACCUAG